CUCUCUCACUCUCCCCACCUCUCUCUCUCCUCUCUGUGCACUCCUCCUCCUCUUCCAUCCCCUCUUUUCUCACUCUCUAUCCAUUCUCACCUCUCACUUUUAGUUCUGCUGGUACAGUAUCCUCUGGGGAGUGUGCUUAAAGAGUCGGGAGUCUCUUGGGAGUUCUGUCGUCCAUGUCUCCUCUUCUGCUUCGCAGGUUUAUUCUUUGCCUGAUUUUUGCUUCUGGAGGUGCUGCCAUACUCAGGAGGAUCUUUGUUACUUCUCUUUACUCCAAGACUGGACAGGAGGUGGUUUCAGAAACACAGCCCAGGUCUCAAAUAUUUUCCUUGUCUAUAGUAAUUUUUUUCUUGGACUAUCCCAGUUAGUUUGUCUUGGACUAUCCCAGUUAGUUUGUCUUGAACUAUCCCAGUUAGUUUGCCUUGAACUAGUACAGUUAGUUUGUCUUGAACUAGUACAGUUAGUUUGUCUUGAACUAGUACAGUUAGUUUGUCUUGAACUAGUAGUCUCCAAUCCUGGGUUUUGGAUUUGACCAGCCGUGGGCUCAGAUCCAGAAACCUGACGUGGCGAUGCUGAGAUUUUGGGUUCUGUGUCUGUCUGUGAGUGUUCUCAGUGUAGGCGUUCUAACUCUGAUCCCCCAAAAACACGAGAUAGAAAAUGAGGUACAACACGACGUGGAACAUGUGCGUGGAACACGGACCGUGGAACAUGAAGCGAGGGAACCCGAUAAAAUCAAUGCAGAGACUCUAGCAACCCACCAACCUGCCACAUACACUCCUAAAAUGGACACACAUGCCACAGUCCCAACUCUGACAGACAUACCUCUUACAGAAACAACUGUGAUAGGUACAGCUAUUACGGAGUCAGACGUACCUGUGGUCGCCACAUUUCUUUCAUCAGCCCUACCCCUCACCUCAUUACCGUAUGAUGAAGAAGGCAGGGUUCAGGAAAAAGGCAGGGAGGACGAGAAUCCAAGAAUUGAAGAGGAGGAGGAGAAGGGGAGAGUGAGGGAUGAGCAGAUGAGAAAGGACAGAGAGAUGGAGGCGAGCAGAGGGAGGAGAGGAGUGACGGGAAGGAGACAUGCAGCAACUGUAGAGUCCACUGCAUACAGAGUGGCAGGUCUGGGGCGCCCCCUACCUGGCUGGAAGAAGCGAGGCACAAAUGGGGGAGCUGAACAGGAAGGUAUUCUCAGGACCAUACUAAAGGAACUACACAGUGAUAAGGACAGACUGAUGGACACAGAGAAGGCAGAGGAAGAGGAAGAUGAGGACGAAGAAGAAGAAGACGACGAUGAAGAUGAAGAUGAUUCUGAAGAGGAGGAAGAGGAGGAGGAGGAAGAGGAAGAGGAGGAGGAAGAAGAGGGGACAGAGUCUCCCACCAAUCAGACAGUAGCAAGGACCAGCUUCACAGAGUCUCUCCCAGGGACGUGUCAAACGUCUAAAGGACAAAUAAGCUGCAGGGGUGUUGGCAUGAAUCACCUCCCAAUCAUCACCGACCUUGGGGUCACGACCCUGGACCUGGCAGAGAACAACAUCAGUCUUAUUGCCUCGCGGGGUUUCUCUGGUCUUCCCAACCUGGAGAGUAUAGAUCUGAGCAAAAACCGACUGGAUGACGACUCACUCAGCCACCACCUCUUCUCUAAUCUGACCCGGCUGAGGAGGCUUAACCUAGAUGAUAACCAGCUGACACGAAUCCCACUGCUGCCACCGUCACUGGAGGAGCUCAAGAUGAAUGACAACAAGAUCACCAGACUCACCCCUUACAGCUUCAAAGGUCUGUUCCAUCUGUUGUCUCUGGAGCUAGAGGGGAACCUUUUCCAUGACGGCAACAUGUCCCCUUUGACCUUCAAGCCACUGAGGAGCGUCCAGUACCUGCGCUUGGACACGAACAGGUUCCGCUCCCUCCCCCUCGGCCUGCCCCGCUCCCUACAGGAGCUGAGGAUGUGUGAUAACCAGUUACAGGAGGUACCAGAGGGGGUUCUGAGUGAAUUGGCCAAACUGAGAGUUUUAGACCUUAGUCACAACCUGCUGCAUGAGGGCAGCAUCUCAAACCGGGCCUGGGUCAAACUAACGUGAGUUCAAUUAAGAAAUUAAUUAAGAAAAGAAUCAAUCAAUCAAUUCACCUACCCAUCCAAAAAUGAAUUGAUGCCGGAUCAUA